UUGGGCCAACAGGUUUUGGGAUUUGAUGAUACGCCAUAAAGCUAAACCCUUUAUGGACGGGAAACCCAAGGUAAUCCCAUAAACCGGCCUUCCCCAUUUUAUAUACGUACAUGUAUCACACUGUCGUUUGGACGAAAUAGUAGUCACUUUCCAUUUGCAACGUUUUCUCUCCAGUCAAGAUAUUUUGCUGUCGGGAAAUUAACAAGUGUUAUUUCAGGAAAUAAGGAAAUCCAAAGGCCCAGUAUUUGCAUAAUACAUUAUAUCAUCUGAUGGAGAGGGGGAGGACUUUCGGAAGACGAACGAGCUGGUGACUUCCUGUAGAGUCCCAGUCUAACUUUUAUGACAACAUGCACACACGUUCGUAGAUGUAUGAAGCUAUACGUUUGUGCAUCGUCGGUGUUGCUGUUGAAAAUCUGCAGUGAUUUUUCCCUUCGUGUGUUGACAGAAAAACAUUACUGGAACUGUAAAAAUUGACACACAGACAGACAGAAGUAAAAGUAGGAGGGAUGUGGAUUUUUAAGAUGGGAAAGUGAAAAAAAAAUAUUACAUCCUUUAGUGUGGAUGGCGAAAGAAAAAGUGAGUGUGUUUGUGAGAGAUAGAGAGGGGGCGAGGAAAGAGAGACAGAACAGGAGAGGGAGAAAGAGAGAGAGCUCGUAUUCGCACCCAUUACCAAUUCCACUCGGCACUAAGUGUACGUAAUUCCGAAGUGUCUUUGACAGAACUGAAAGAAAGACAAGCAAUCAAUGGGGACGGCGUGGGCUGGACGGACACUUUAGCUAAGGCCUCUUCGAUCCUGACUUGCUUUCGUGGGAUGGGGUAGAAAAAAAAGAACAAUUCGAGUGCUGUGAAGUGGGGUGAGGGCAGUCAUAGGUGUUAGAACCGUGCCUCCAGCCCAUCGGGGCUUCUUCGUUUUGCUGAAGCGGAAGAGAACCAAGGACAAAAACCAUGUUGUCACUCAUAUGUGAUGGUCAGCAAACAACCAAGUGAUGUACAUCUGGCCAUUUCGUCAGUCCGACCAUCGACUGUCUGCCUUCGUAUUAAGUCAACCAGAACUGACCUCAUCAGUCACGUCUGAAACUGCUGAAGUAACAUCUUACUUCUUGUGAGACUUCUUACGAAAAAUAAUGGACACCAUUCAGAGGAACUAGUGAACAUCUUAGUGAAAGCAUCACAGUCAUUGUUAUUGUUGCUAUUAGUACAAUAACCAUUAUUAUUAUUAUUAUUAUUACUUGAUUUUGCUAUGAAAGUUUUUGUCUGAGAACUGGUUGACCCAUUUUGUGGUAUUCAAAUAGUGAGUGUGAAACGGGACAAUUCUUCUGCCAAAAACCCAUCCUGCAUGACACAUGUGUAUGUGAUCUACCAGUGUUGUUUAUUCUGACAACCUUGUCUUUCAUAUCUGCCUUUGUAUUUGAGGGAGUUUAUUUAUUGAGUAAACUAUUUAAAGUGCAACGAACGUUGAAAUACAUGCACACAUUGUAAACAUCACUCUCAUCAUCUAUAUGUAUAUAAGGAAACACACAUUUAUAGACACUCAGUCAAACCUUGCACAUAUAUCAUCUUUAUAUACACACACAUACAUACAUAUAUAUAUGUAUAUAUUAUAUACACAGACAAAUAUAUAAAAGCUCAAGGUUGAGAAAACGUGAAAGAGUGUGAGUGAGUGAAGAUAUGUAUCCGGUGCAAACACCAUACACAGCUGCAAGCCAAACUGCCAUUUAUGACCAACCCCUCUAUCAGAUGAACCACUUGAAAAACAAUGAUAAAAGCAGUCUACCUGGUAAAUCAUUUCAGCAACAUUCUAGUUCUCCACCUGUAGAAGGUAACCCAAUGGAGACCCCAGAAGCUAGCAGCACAGAUUGUGCUGUGGCACAAGAAUUUGCAGCUACUGUAGCAUCAGAAGAUUUCUCAAAUGCUUCACAAAAUCAGAUCCCUAUCAAUAACAAUCAAGAUAAUCACAUGGUCCCUCCAGCCCCUCAACAGCCUAUUGAGGAUUCCACUUGCAUAUCUCGUAACGACUCCCUGGCUUUGGAUAGCAACAGUAGCCAUGCAUCCCACGAAUCUCCUCAAGCUGCCCAGCUACAGCCACAGCCACACCCUGCUUUUACAUCAGUGUCCCCACAACCCCCCAUGAUUACAACCCCUCGAACUAUGCCAGCAUCUACCAUGAUGCUGCCUGGCCACAACCAAACUAUAUUUGAGUGUGCUUUCUGCAAGAAAGUUUUUACAAAGCAGUUUGCACUCAGAGUUCAUGAACAAGUACAUCUUGGAGAGAAACCAUAUUCAUGUAAUAUAUGCAACAAAAGCUUUGCCCAACAGAUCCAUCUACGAAAUCACCAGCGUGUACACACUGGAGAGAAACCAUUUCAAUGCACCAUAUGCAAUAAAGCAUUCAGUCAAGCUGGCAAUUUAAAGCUGCAUCUCCGUAUCCAUUCUGGAGACAAACCAUUCACCUGUGAUAUAUGUUCUAAAGCGUUUUCGCAACGAAACAGCCUCAACGAUCACAAACGCUUCCACACUGGUAAUAUGUUUUUUUGUAAGUUUUGCAAGAGAGCAUUCUGCAACCAGUUUUUCCUUGAGAACCAUGAAAGAUCUCAUACCGGUGAAAAACCAUUCACUUGUGACUACUGUGGCAAACUGUUUGCUCAGCGAGGGAAUUUUCGAACACAUCUGAGGAUCCACACAGGAGAAAAACCGUUUAUCUGCGAAGUAUGUGGCAAAGCGUUCUCUCAAAGAAAUAGCUUAAAUGAUCACAAUAGAUUACAUACCGGCAAUUUGUUUUUCUGUCAGUAUUGUAAGAAAGCUUUCUGCAAUCAGUUCUUCUUGAAGAUUCAUGAGCGCAUACACACAGGUGAGUUAUUUUACUGUACCUUCUGUAAGAAAGGCUUCUGCAAUGAAUUCUUUCUUCGAAACCACGAGAGGGUGCACACAGGGGACAAACCCUAUGAUUGUCAAUUUUGUAAUAAGACUUUUGCCCAAAGGGGCAACUUAAAAACACAUUUAAGAAUUCAUACUGGGGAGAGGCCGUUCAUCUGUGACAUCUGUGAUAAAGCUUUCUCACAACGAAACAAUCUCAAUGAUCAUAAACGGUUACACUCUGGUGAUUUGUAUUUCUGCAGUUUCUGCAAAAAAGCAUUUUGUAAUCAAUUUUUUCUCAAGACUCACGAGAGGACGCACACAGGUGAGAAACCAUUUGAAUGUGAAUUUUGUCACGAGAAAUUUUCUCAGCAAGGCAAUCUGAAGACUCAUCUACGUACUCAUACUGGAGAAAAACCUUUUGCCUGUGGUCAGUGUGGUAAGAAUUUUGCACAGAAAGCUAAUCUGAAUAACCACAAGUGCCCCAUGGCAUCAGCACUGAAUAGAGAAACUGGAGGUGUUAAUUCUAAUAUGGGCGGCAAGAAUCACAGGCUCGCUAAUAAUAAUGAUGACUGUGGGAAUAGAAACUGUGAUGGGGAGGUUUUUUCAGGUUCAAAGCAACAACCUCAUAUUGCUUCACCCCCAGCAACAAUGAUGAAGGACUCUGGACAUGAUAAAUCUCCAAUGUCAUAUAAUUCGUCUCCCCCAGCUACUGCACAGUCACACCAUUCCAACAAAAUGGCGUCAUCAUCAUCACAUGUACAGAAGUCCAGUAUGAAGGUCACUGAUCGUCUUCUGCAGCAACACAACCACCAACAGAGUAUUGUUUCACAGCCACAUGGAGACUUACCUCAAGUUCUGCCUCAUGCUGUACGACCUCAGGUGUCAAACAUUUCCCCAACACAUGCACCGACAUCUCCCUAUCUCCACAGCAGCCUGCCUCAGAGUUGGGAGAACAACAAUUACGUUUGGUCACGGGGAUUCCCCAUGCCACCACUACUCACCUCGACUUGGCCCAAUAUGGCAGGUUCAUAUUCAUGCGGAGUAAAACAAGGCAAACAACUGCCGUGGAAUAACUUACAAGCUAUGCACGCUCCUUCAAAGAACAUUACAAAUCAAAAUCCAGAAACGAGUGGUAUAAAAUAGUUGUCUAAUAUAAUGGAAGAAACCUUUCUUCAUUCAUUUUUUCUUCUUUAUUCAAUUGGACAGACUUCUUCAUUUGUAAGAGUUUGUUUUUUUGUGUGUGUGUGUCUGCUUAACUUGUAUAUGUCUUCUGCGUGAAAUAGCCAGACAGCCAAUAUUACUCCCUGUUGUUGUUGAAUUUUUUUUUUUGAUGUCUCCAAAUGGUAUUAGAACACAUGCAUACCAACAUUAGUACAGUUUAGUACAUAAUGCUUACAAGUGACCGCAUCUUCAAUAAAAUUCUUCAGUUUCUCUUCAGAUUUCUGAGACAA